AGGUGAACUAUUGUUUACAAACAAGCAGAGCGCGCGCCGGGUGCACGUGUUCAACUUCAACUUUGGUGACAUGAUGAUGAUCCCUAAUGGAUGACGCACCCUACCGAGCCCCCAGUGACCCUCUUAACAUGGCACGGUCCUCCAUGACACCAGAACAUGUGAACGUUACUUAUAGCCAUGGAAGCAGGAUGGCCGAUGGUGACGCAUGGAGAAGGCCCACGCGCAGCAGCAGUUCUGCACCAGACAUGGUCAUUUUCCUCGUGGCUCCCAACGUGAAAAGGUGUGUGUGCUCGAUGGAGGACUCCAUAUCAGCAUUUUCUCCUAAUUUGUCUUAUCCGAUUUGGAUUUCCAAACUGUAUAUUUGUUGAAUUUCUAUGAAUUUGUUGUACAACUUCAGAGCACCGUAUGAUUUUAGAAAAGACUAUUUCGUGCUGUUUUGGACUUGUUCAACAAACUUAUGUUUAAAAAAACUCAGUGUUCUAGCUGUGUGUACAUAAAUUGAGCCCGAUUCAUUGGAUGUUUGGAUUGUUCUGUGGAAAUAUGUACCAAGCAUGGCCCUCUUUUGAAACUCGGCAGUUUGUGUGGACAAUCACUAUUAACUGACUUAUUGCAGUACCAAAGAUUGCGUGCUGGGCUAGCUGCAAAUUUACAUUUCGCUCAACUGAUUUGGACAUUUCUUAAGAGUGGCGGUUAACCAAAGGAUCUACUGGACAAGGAAUAUUUUCACUAUUAAUGAACGAAACACUUGAAGGAAGGGAUCUACAAAGUGAAAAUCCAGAGCGCUUUUGCUCAAAUGAUCUCUGUUGGAUGAAUAAGGCAAACAAGCCAGACGACAACCAUAACCAUGAUGUCAACAGUGACCUCCAGACAAGCCUCAUUCUCCGAGAAUUUGGACAGCAAGUGGCUGGCCCAGCAAACCGGGAAGGAGAACAUCCUCCUGAUCCGAAAAACUUCCAAAUACGUACACCUCCGACGUCGGCAGUCAAAGAGUCUAAUCAUUCAGGCAGACAAGUACAGGCUGAACUAUGUGGAGGUUGAGAUUGGGCCACCGAAGAGAAGAGAUGGUACGGAUAAAGUACCGGUCAUAAAAGUCUCCAAUGGCAACAGUAACCGGGUAAACUACAGCACCAUUGUUUUCCCCAACAAAAAUUCCAGUUCAACCGCCAAGAAUGCCAACCAGGAGAAAGCUGACAGCAACGGGACCCGGUCAGUUCCUCAAAUUCCCCCUCACCACGGACCCACCAGCCCCACCUUCAUGUUCGCCUCUCAGACCAGCAAGGAAGGCUGCCAUCCCACCACGCGGGUCAGCAAUUCUGCCCCAGGGGGUGUGGCCAGCGGAGGAGGGCGAAAGAGGGCGGGGCAAGGGGGACAUUCCAAACUGGAGCGAAAGGGGAGCCAGCUUACCGAGGCACAGAUGCAGCAACAGCAACAACAGCAACAACAGCAGCUGGAAAUCUCCAAGACGCCUCCUAACUCUCCACCCAGGAGGAGAGCCCUGUCCACCCCAACUCGCUCCCGGAAAUUCCCAAGUGACCCAGAUGUGACAGAGACCAUCGAGGUCCAGCAGGAAAAGGAGCCCAUUCCUCCCAAAACAAGGACACUACCGCCCCGCGAGAAGCCAUGGAAACCGGACCCCGUGGAUCUAGAUUGCAAAGAGGACGGGGCCGGGGUGGAGUCUUUGAGCAGCAGGAGGGCUGAUCUCCAAAAAGCGCAGGCUGCGUCGCUGGAUUCCGGAAUGCUCUCCAACUCGGCGCCUUCCAGCCAACUGACCCAUGCCAUGCAGGCCAUGCGGAUGAAAGCACGCCGGAAGUCCUCCUCUGGAGAUGCCUACGAAGUUGUGAGUGAUCCGACUGCGAUGGCUCAAAUGGCAGCCCUUUGCUCACAGGAAGCACCGACUGUGUCCCCAGCUGCCACUGAACCCCCACCCCUCUCGCCGGAAGCGGUCAACAUCCUCCACAGCUCUCCUGUGAUGAAGCGGCACAGGACCGAGUUGGAGAAGGCCUUUGCCCGCCGCAAGCUCACCGGACGCAUCUCGGGAGAGCCGGACGGGUAUGCGUCCCACUCCGGAAGCCACUCUUCCUCAGGGGAGAGCUCCCCGCAGGAAGGGAUGCCCAGUCAGUUCUCUGAGGUGUCCUCCAUGGGUGCCAGGUUCAUCCCAGUCCUGCCAAUCAUCAAGUCCAGCAAGGAUCGGGGCACUCCUGAUGGCCAGAAAGCAUCCUGUGGGGAGUACCGAAAUGCAACGAAAUGCAAACCCAUCCCUGCCCCACGGUUCGGCCAACAGAGUCGGGAAUCCUCCUCAGAGAGCAUCAACGAUCCCUUAUAUCUGAACCAGCGUCCGAUGCCCUCGCCCCCUUCACACCAGCAGGCAAGUCCCGCAAGGCCAGAUGUAACAGCAUCAUCGCAGCAAGUUGGUGACGAUACCUACAUGAACAUUGCCUUUGGCAAAACAAAACAGGACAAUGCUCAUCGUUAUGAGAAUGUCUUCCUUGACGAUCGGACUGUCAGUCUGGAUCGAUGCUCUAAUGCCAGCGAUUCUCCUCGAGAUAGUCUGGAGAUCCAUUCCAACCGUCCAAUCCCAGCACCCAGGAUGCACGGCAGCAACAGCAUACAUGCUGCAUCCCCUGCCGCUUCUGGUGACCAUAGCAACCAGCAUCACCAGAGCAACCAACAUCGUCACCAAGACACCCAACAUCACCAGGGCAAGCAGCGUAAUCACCAAGGCAACCAGCAUCACCACCAAGGCAACCAGGCCAAGCCAACCAGCAGCCAGUACCAGCAGGGGAAGCAGCAUGGCCACACGCGGCAGGGCAGCUAUGGCAGCACUGCUGUCAUCCUCAGCCACAUCAAUGCCGUUAUUGCACCCCUGUCUCCCAGUAGUUCGGUCAGCCCUGGCAACAAGUCCAAGCAGGGUACCUCAGCAGCAGCAGCUGCUCAUCAGGUACUGAACGACUCGUUAGAAGCCCUGUACGCGACCCCUUGUAAGCACGGACAGUCACAAAGCAGUGUCAGCAACCACCAUGGCCAGAAGCCAAUGAAAGCCACCCACGGUAUUGCCCCUGAGGUUCCCCCAAGUCCAAAGCCUGAGAUCCCCAGCCACUCCAGUUCUCACCGGCGGGGCUCCCAUGAUAGCACCGGCAGUAUCGGAUCAAAGGUCACAGAGGCUGAAAAAUCCUCCAGUAUCGGCAAGGCCCUGGGCCACCUGAUUAGGGACGGGGAGAAGCGUGAGCGGAAACACCGGGACCGGCCGCAUGGAGAGAAGAAAUCCCGGGAGGAUAGGAAAGCACAUGCAGAGAAGAAGGGUCACCAUGGCGACAGGGAAAAGAGGGGUCAUGGGAAAAGGCACCGAGGUGACAGUCACAGUUCGUCUAGCUCCAGUAAGUCGAAACUGGAAAGACCUAGCUAUGGCAACCAGCCAUGGUAUUACGGACGCAUGCUGCGACAGGAAUGUGAGUACCUGAUGCUGUCACAGGGCCAGUCCUGCCAGUACCUUGUACGAGAUAGUUCACAUAGGACCGGUGACUUGAUGCUGUCCGUGCUGUACGGCUCCAAGGUCCACCACUACGUCAUCCAGACCACGCCCAAUCACAAAUUCCACAUCGCCCACCAUGACUUCAACAUGGUGGAGGACAUUCUGGAGUUCUACCAUCACCACGUCAUCAUGUACUCGCCGGAGAAGGAACCAGUCUACCUCACUGAGCCUUUCAUUCUCAAGCACAAGUGAAGGGAGGGAGGGCAGAGACCAGACCAGAAUUCAUUUUUUAAAAAAUAUGUAUAUAGUUUACACCAUUGUUAAAUGUAGGAUUUUCAUUCUAUUUCAACCUUUCUUAUGAAAAAAAAUCUUGAAAAUUUGGAAAGGCUGGUGCAUCCCUGAUAUCAAGAUGACCUUUCCCAAAUAAAAAAAAAAAAAAAAAUUGUAACAAAUUAAACUUUAUGUAUAGCAGCUUUGUUCAGAACUUUUGAAAGUUAUGGCAUUUUAUUCAGUGAAUGGCAUUUUAUUCAGUGUCUUGUGAAUAUGAUUGUGUUGUAAAAAUAAAUGAAGAUAUGUAAUUUUUUGUGAUCUAAUUGCUGGCAAUUUGAUCAAGAUUGAUUGGUUUAGGAAUUUAGCCCCUUUUUUUUAGCCUACUGGCAUAGCUAUGUUUGAUCUAAAUCCCUUGGCAUUUUUGCUAGGAUGCAACCUCAAUCCUGCAAAAUCCUCCAACUGCCUCCAUGUAAAAAUUGCACACAGCCUCAAUCCUGCAAAAUCAUCAGUUA